CGUUGCGCGAGCGGGAUUCUAACCGGGCGCAUGCCGAACUUGACCAUGCGAUGACAGUUGCAGAGCAGCCAGUCGCUCAGGAGAAGCUGCCUCCGGAGCCAACAAAGCCUCCGCUGCCAAGCCUAGUACAAGCAGCCCAGCAUGGCCAGGACGUUGUGGUGCCCCUGUCCUUGGUGGAGCAGCGCGACGCCGACGCGACGCUGGACAUCGCUUUUAGCUGGGAGCAGCGGGUGGACGCGGCAGAGCUCAGGGCCUCAUUGGAGAAGGCGCUGAGCCAUUUUCCCUGCUGUGCUGGGCGCUUCGUGAAGCGGGUCGUCUUUGUGGAGCCGGCAGCAGGAGUAACGCUGAAGCAGCCCAGGCUCUGCAUUUUAUGCAACAAUGCCGGCAUCAGCUUCAACCAUUGCCCCUACGAUGGUAAGCGGCCAUCUGUUCUCGGACCGCUCACCGGGCUUUUCGACCGCGCCGUUGGCACGGCGAACAAGGCGGAUGGCAGCGACGCCCCGUUGUUGAGAGUGAAACUCCUGGACUGCCAGGACGGGCAGAUCCUGGCCAUCAGCUUCUCGCACGGCUUGGCGGAUCUGGAAGGAAUGGGCCUUUUCCUGCAGGCCUGGAGCCGUUUCCACCGCGGAGAGGAGACCCGGGGCCCGCGUCUCACGACGCGCGGGUCGUUUUGGAAGGCGCCCUGAACAACGGAUUCCCAAAGCUGGAUCCGGCCUUUACCUACCUCCAUAGACGUGAGCUCGCCACCAGAGCGGCCACGGCUAGAGCUGCUGCCGCAGCAGCAGCCGAACGGCUAGGUGUCACAACUUUCCUCCUCAACUGGCAGGAGCUUCAUAGCUUGACGGAGGACUUCUCACGGAAUCUGAGAGGUCGCCGUUUGAUUUUCGACUCAGAGACCCUGUCCAACGCGGAGGUUGCCUUUGCAGUCGUUGUGGAGUCUCUUGGAAGAGCGGUUUCAGCCAGCGUUUGGCUGGACUAUAGGGCCACCUUCGGCUACGACAGGCUAUUUGGACAUGUCCGUGGCACCGUGGAUGUGGAUUUGCCCGCGGAUCACAAGCACGCGGCGGCGGUGAUUCGGAAGAAGCUCCAAAUCGCCAGGGAGAAUCCGGACUUCUGGUGCUGGAAGGCGCAGCAAAUGAAGAGCUGCCCGGUUGAGCCCAGCGCUGAGAUUAUCCUCAGCUCCUGGCUGGAGGAGCGGCAGACUUGAAGAAGGUCUCUUUUGGCUCAGCACCUGCAGGAGCAGGCAUUGGAUGUAGUUUGUGGCAGUGGUGGGCGCACAAUCCAGAGGCUCGACGCCGCGCCGGCGGAGGUGGUGCCAUUGGAGCAGAUGGGCGCGGAUGCCCCUCCUUGGUGGUCCUUCUGCCCCACGGGGACGGGGUGCAAGUGCAGGCCCUGCUGCCGCCGGGAGCCGCGGCGAAGCUUUGUGCAAAGCACAAGUGCUUGGUCUACUAUCCGUGAGGCGUGCAAGGCGUGAAGCAGUGUGGGUCCAAUCCAAACGGAUGGGCCAGUGAGAUGGA